AUGAGGACAUCGAGCUUCCUUCUCAUCGUUGCUGCCGCAUUCCUCUACGCCAUCGCCUCACCCGCCACGGGCUGUGGGGAAUGGAUGGGCAACCAAUUGCGGAACACAACAAUAGAGAAUGGAUUGGAACCAAUCAGAAACAUCAACGACCAACGCAUCCAGGUGCUCGGCAAUUGGGCAGUGUUGGAGUUCGGAAAGUACACAAAUUGUGUGCUCAAGUUCAACAAGGUGGUGAGUGGCAGACAACAACAUGCAUUUUUAUUGUACUACAAACUCAUCAUCGAUGCAUCGGACGUCCGCGGGGUAGACGGCAAGUACAAGGCAAGGGUGCUCGUGCAGGAGGGGGUUCACAGACCCCAUCUCUUCUCCUUUGCCAAGGUGAACUAG